UCAGAGUAGAUAUCCGUCGACGGGACGCGAAGCGCAACGUCCGCGCUCUUGUGCAGAACCGCCAAAUCCAAAACGGGUUUUCGCUUUGACGCGGUGAAACAUUAAAAUACGUGAAGCAAGAUCAUCAGUCAUUAUUGGUUAUCGGUCUCACGUGUCCACGUGCUUGAUGAAUUAUUAGUGCGAGUAACGAUAAUGAUAAAAAAUCGCGAAGACAUCUAAACGAUGCUGGACGUUAAUAAAAAUUAUAUACGCAUACUGGACCCGCAGGCUAUGCUUAGGUAAAUUAAAGAGAAAUGGAGGAAAAAUUGUGAAAAAAAUUGUGCUAAUAAAGAGAAGAAGGUGAACCCAGGGAGUGAAGUACCAGGUGACUCAUAAUACGGACACUCGACUUCUGAGUAGCUUUUUUUUUCCUCCACUUUAAUCGCAGUGCUCGUACGAAGUGGCCGGAUUGAAGGAUUUUUUGUAUUCUCCUUGUUUCGUCCUUUUAGUCAAUGCUGAUUCUCAUGAAACGCCAAUAUUUUACGGACGCUACAACGAGGGGCUGAUUAUAUUGGCUGUGCAUUUUUGUCUCUUUUAUCCGUCAACAAUCGGUACCGAGUUUUCUGUAAAACUUUUUUUUCCAAUUUUCACGGAGAAUGCUUCUCCGCUACUGUCGAGCCGAAUAGCUCCACUUCGCGAGCGGAGUCACUCUAGUGUUGUUUCCAUUUCGAUGAAGUGAAAAUUGGACAGGAGAUUGCAGCAGUCGUAUACCGUAAUUAGUAUACCGGUGAAUAUCCUCAAGGAAGUGGGAGAAGUCGAGUUUAUCAUUGCUAGGGCUAAUGGAUUGAAGAGAGAGGAAAGAGAAUGGGUUUUACUGGCAAUUACCGAUAACGAGAAUUAAAUCGGGUUGCAUCAUCGUAAUCCAGGAGAAGCAACGAGUCGUAAUCGAGGAUUAUAAACACGGAGGAAAAACGCAGCCGACUGUUAGGUUUUUCAUGGACGACUGAACGGCGUCACACUGGAUAAGGAUGCUGACACCACGGAAAAGUGUUUUCCCAAAUUAAGCGCGUGGAGAGGAUAAAGUGCCUGAGUGAGUAAGAGUGGACCGGUUGAAAGAGAGAGGGAGAAAAAAGAAGGGUGAAAGAGUGAGACAGAUUGAUACGGAAAAGUGAAGCAUAAGUUAAGCAAUGGAAAGUUAAAGUCUUGUACCUAAGGGACAAGGCGCCUAAAGAGAAAUGCCAGAAGUUGCGGGAAAAUUUGUAAUUUCAUUCGGUGGAACAUUAACAGAGUGCGACCAAUUGAAUUAGCGAUAUUAAUUAUCACCGUUACGACAUUCGUCUCCGGUGAAGACAUUACGUGGGCGUCCUUUUCUCUGCCUUGAAAAGAAACAAAGGAUCUUGAGAAGUGUGUUAGGGUGAAACAAAAAAUACUUGGAAACAGUUCAGUCACGAGGAGACGUAUUACGUUUACCUAUCGAAAAGCCUGGGCGUCCUUCUACGAGCGACGGAUCUGUACGGGUCAGUGGGUUAAUUAAAUAAUAAUUAAUUGUGGUGCAAUUAAAAUAAAUUACGAAGCCAGUACUUUUGUCUCGUGGAAAAAAAUUUUUUUUACUCUUACGAAAACAAAAAUAUUUUCUUAUCGUUUUAAGGGUCGUUUACAUGAAUUGCACGGUAGGUGUUUCACGAUUGUUUGUCGUUUACGUAUUGGUGCGUUUGUACGCUCGCAGUGAUCCAACGUGAAGAGACAAAAGAAAAGUGAGAUAAUUCGUCAGGAAGAGAGUAAUAGGAAGGGAUAAUAUACCCACGUAAAGGAAGGGAGACUGGAAAAUACGUUAAUCCAACGGCUGCCAGAGCACCGUGCGCGCUUGGAAAUUUAUAUGGAUGUUUACUGGCGGAAGAGGAAACUGACCCAAGUAAUUCGUGACGCGCUGAAGAAGAGCAAAACGAAAGGACGCCCAAUGAGGACCUACGGACUUUAAUGGAGCCUCGGCAUAAGAUGCGAGAAUGGACGAGCUAGCUCGAGAAGAGGUUGAGGAUCAGUAGCUAGAGGAAGUGGGGGCGUUUGGGAUGCUCCAGACUUCCGGUUAGGGUCGUAUGGAGGGGAAGAACGUAACCACGGAAAGCACCUGGCUUCUGAAUGUGACGUCUGCUGCCCCCGAGGACUCCGAAAACUUUUUCCGAGGUUUUCCCGGCAACAAUUCACCAUUCACCACGACUCAGGCUAUAGUGAUCGCCCUGGUCUUGGGAAGCAUCAUCGUCGGCACUGCCAUUGGGAACAUCUUGGUCUGCGUUGCAGUAUGUCUGGUGAGGAAGCUCAGAAGACCCUGCAACUAUCUUCUGGUUAGUCUUGCCGUGAGUGACCUUUGCGUGGCCCUUUUGGUUAUGCCCAUGGCGCUUCUGUACGAGAUACUUGGCACCUGGUCCUUUGGACCCAUUAUGUGCGACCUUUGGGUCAGCUUCGACGUCCUCAGCUGCGCCGCCAGUAUACUCAAUCUCUGCAUGAUCUCGGUGGAUCGAUAUUACGCCAUCACGAAGCCACUGGAAUACGGAGUGAAAAGGACGCCGCGUCGUAUGAUAAUCUGCGUGAGUCUCGUGUGGCUGGGUGCAGCUUGCAUAAGUUUACCGCCCGUUUUGAUUCUCGGAAAUGAGCACACUUACUCGAAGAAUGGUUCAUCGCACUGUGUAGUCUGUCAGAAUUUUGCUUAUCAGAUAUACGCAACCCUGGGAAGCUUCUACAUACCAUUGAUAGUGAUGAUCGAGGUGUACUACAAAAUUUUCUGUGCUGCACGUAAAAUCGUCCUUGAGGAAAGAAGAGCUCAGAGUCAUCUGGAAGCUCACUGCUACUUGGAUAUCGAACCACCGCAAGUACCGCAGCAUCCGGCAUCUAUACUAAACCGCCAAUUAAUUCCGGACGUCCAAACGACACAGGGAAGUCCUCCGGUGAAGCAGCACAGAAGCUCAAGCGCUUCUACCACGCACACCUUGAGGAGCGUCUCUCGGACGGCCAUUAUUCCUGGCAAUGUUACCAGGGUGUUACGUCGUGUUUUCAGGUGCAGCAGUCACGCGGUCAGGUGUUUCGCAGGUGGGCCGAGAAGGAGUAACGAGUCCCAGUGUCCAAUGUUACAGAAAGUCGAGAAGCCGCUGUCCUCGACGUUGACCACGGGGACUACCGCCAAGUCAACCAUCAUACGAAACCAUCUGAACAGCACAUGCAGCGUGACGAAUUCGCCGCAUCAGAAGAAGCUCAGAUUUCAAUUGGCUAAGGAGAGAAAGGCCAGCACUACCCUGGGUAUCAUCAUGAGCGCAUUCGUCAUCUGCUGGCUGCCAUUUUUCGUCCUGGCCCUGGUCAGGCCCUUCCUCAGGGAUCAAAAGGAUAUACCCGCUUCCUUGUCCAGCUUCUUCCUCUGGCUAGGAUACUGUAACAGUCUGCUCAAUCCCAUCAUCUAUGCCACUCUCAAUAGGGACUUUCGCAAGCCCUUUCGAGAAAUUCUCUGCUUCAGAUGCGGAAAUCUAAAUCAUAUGAUGCGCGAGGAAUUUUACCAGAGCCAGUAUGGAGAUCCGGUCAAUAAUUAUGUAAUCAGGGCUGGUGAUAACGAGAGUGGCGGUCGGUUAGAGAGCCACGGAGUGGAGUCCAUUGACGUCGCCUCCAAUCCUGCCAACGAGAGCUUUCUAUGAUCCAUGUGGUCCACCCUUCAGGUGACCGACCUUAAGAACGAUCUGGAUGAGAACCACGUGGACUGAGACUUCCGCCGGGGACAGAACGUUUCCAUAUCACAAUGGAAUCUGCGUCUCAUUUUUUAAUCGUUAUCGCGGUCAAAUAAUUGAUCCUACCUGUGGUCCUGGAGUCUAUGAUUUUAUCUUGGUUCAUCGAGGUCAAGGAUCAACCGGAUCAAGUCUACCGAUUUUUUAAAUACUUUUGAAAAUCAUCGACUGCUCGUUGACUAAUAUUUUUUUCUUGUAUCAAUAAUUUAUACGUUACUCAACAACACGGAGAAAGUGAUUAGGACUCUGUAUAAUGAGUCUUUCUAAUCAGACGUGGAAGUCUGCUCCGAGCAUUCAAUCGAUACAGAAUGCGCAAGGUACACUGAAUCCAAGCUGAGUUCAAGCGGCAGAUAAUCCAUAGUCACAGAGAGGAAGCUCGAAUUAUACGUAGAAGAAACUAUUGCGUUAUCGAGUGCAACUGCGUGGACCGGAAAUUGUGUCGAUACUGAAGCACAAACACCGGAAACGUGUGAAAAAUGGUAGCUCCUCUAUGAGGAACAAGAAGGCAGCUUGUCAUUUAGGAGAUGGAUGAAGAAGGAAUGGUCAGGAGGAUACUUUACCGGAGGAUGGCGAUUUGAGUGAUUAAUGAAAAGAGCAUGAUUCAAAAAAUGAUAAGAACAAGAAAUAAGGGACCAGGGGAGAAAAAUAGGUGAUGCCAAAAAAAAUGAUGUUACGAACGCGGGGAAGGGAAAAAAAAUUACACGUGGCGGGAGGAAUCUAAAAGUAAUCGAUUUUCUUGGUUUCAUAAAAUUUCGAAUUUUCCCGACAAUCAAAAAUGCGUCUCGUCGUUCCUAUCAGGUUCGCCAUUCUUUUCUGACUUUUCCGAAUAAUGGAGGCUCGAAUUACUCGAAGUACGUUCGGGGAAAUUUCCCUCUGCUAAUGGAAAUUUCUUUAAGUACGUACCUACGUCAAGAGUUCUCUUUUGCAACGUUACGUCAUUCGACAACUAGCUGGGACUCUCUUUUCGAAAUGGCACCAGUGAAGUUCUCGUGGCAAUGCUAAUAUUCGCUUGAAGACAGUUUGAUGCCUACUUCGUGGCUUCUUGUGAGAAUACAGAUGGGUCGAGUUGGUGAAACGUGUGCUUGAAACUAUUUUCAGUCAAGUGGAGUGUAAUUACGGUUACGUAAUACCUACGUUGGAAUUUCAUCUACAGAAAGUUUUUUUUGCCAUUAUCAAGACAUGGAAAAGUGAAAACUCGUCAUUGGAUUUGACAUGUAGGAUUUCGUGAUUGUGUCGAAUAAUAAUGGUGAAUCUAAAGAAGACAAUGUCAUCAUGAGUGCGUGAUAUUUUCGUUGGACUUUUCUAAAUAAAAUUGGAAUUGCCUAUAUUGAAAUUUCUGCGAAAAGUUGUGUCGCGAAUAAUAUUGCCAGUGGAAACAAACAUAUGAAGUGAGUGCGUUAAUUUCGAUUUUAAAUUUUACGUGACCAUUUAUCGAAAACGACACGUCGAGUAUACUAAAAAUAAAUGAACUAAAAAAGACUACGGAAGUAACGAAAUCGACAAAGAUACCAAAUUUUGGGACAUUAAUGAGAUUAUGGUCAUGGGUACUAUUUAUGAGAGAAAAGUACAUUCUGACUGUUGCGAAAUCUUGUGACAAUUUUGUCAACUGAAAGGUAUUACGUUUUUUUUUUGGAAAAAGUUUCGAAGUCUGUUAAAACUUUCCAAGGGCAGUUUCGCGUUGAUAUUUAUAUAUAUGUACUGUGCAAUAUACAUUUUUAGUUGAGCAACGAUAACGUAUCGCUCUUAUUUUUUAAUUUUGCGCUAUAAACAAGGUAUUUAUAAUUAAUUUCCGUAUGAACAAACGGUUCCUUUUUUUAAAUAUAUUUAUGUCACUUUAGUAUUAGGUAGUGCCUUAAAGAUCUAAGCGCGUACCUAUUACCAAUGAUGAUACAAAAAAAAAUUAGUUCAAGUUCUGUUUUUUCAUUCAAAAUUUGGCAAGCUCUCUAUACCUCCCAAUGAAAUGGGCCAGAUCUCAUAAAUACCAAACGACGUCAAUCUCGUUUUCAAAUGAUAAAUCGUUCCAGGUGAUUAAACAAAACUCGGAUGAUUUCGAAAACUGUUUAAAUGGCCGACAUUCAAGACAUACAGUGAUGUCUAGAAUGCCGUGCCAUUUUUAAUUAUUUAUGCAAUAACUAAGCAAAUCAUACGAAAAAAAAUUUUCGCACAAAACUUUUCGCGUUAUCAUUUCCACGAAUAGCGGAACAACCGACAAAAAAAAUCGUCGUUAUGAUAGACCACGAGAAGAUGUCGGUAAAUUUUGAGUAGCUA